UCCAAGUGGAUUACACUGUAAAUUGGGUGAUGGAGGAUUGGAUGCUCUGGAAGUGAAUCUCAGCUGCAGCAGUGUGCUUGCCAUUUGCUUGAUUUAUAUAUUAUAACUGGGAUUAUUUCAUGCCAAGAACCAUGGAACUUUGGAAAACACCUUUCAGUUGUGAUGUUUUGUGAAUUAUGUGAUGAGAGCAUACAUUAUUUGAUAUCAUGUUCACCUGAGUUUAACACGAAGAAAGAAGGACCUAAUGAUAACAUUAAGUGGAUUACUUGGAUUAUCGGUGUCAUCCUGAAUAUUAGAAGCGUUGAUUACUCCACGCAGCUCAAUGAGAAUUUGAGAAGUUUCUGGAAGAUCUGAGCAUGAUUAGGAGUUCGCUAACUUGGAUCAUCAGGCCCUCCAAGAACUUUUGGAUGUGCAAGUUCAGUUGAUGAGUAGCUCGGAAGGGUUGUAAGAGACGUUUGAAACCAUUUAUGCCAGCAUGAAUGGAAGUGAGUGGAAUGGACGUUGGAUUUUAGUCGUCCUACUGGAGUAGUGGAUUCUCAGGACCUUCUUCUCAUGACAGAUGUGGCUCUUAAGGAUAGAUGUCAGCAUCAUGUAUAACAUCAGAGGGUCUUCUUGGGUCACAUUCUUCAUGGUCUACACAGGCUGGCUGUGUAUCUUUACACAUGCUCAAAUGAAGAUUCCACCAGAAACGGUUCAAAAAUGGGCCAUCACCAUUUCAGAGCAAAUCAAUGCAAUUGCAUCAAAAUACUCAGGCGCUGUGCUAUUACAAAAGAAACUCAAAGAUGUUGAGCCCAUCAUCAGAAUAGAGGAUGUAGAUGGAGCACGAUUAGUGCUGGAAUUUGCUGAUGAAAUUGAAAGAAUGCUUGGCAGCAAGAUGAAAUCUAUGAAGAGGCUCGCAGACACAGCUGAGGACGCUGACCUUUAUCAUGAGUAUAAUGCAUCUUUACAGUUUGACUACUUUAAUGCAUUAUUGGUGAAUACUAUGGAUGAAGAGGGAAAUUUCAUUGAACUUGGAGGUGAAUUUCCAUUGGAAGAGAAUGAACAUUUCAACAAGCUUUCAGUCAACACUUUAAUGAGCGACAUCCAAGUUCCCACUAAUGUCUACAACAAAGAUCCAGACAUUCUUAAUGGAGUGUACAUGUCAGAAGCCUUGAAUGAUGUCUUCAUCGGUAACUUCCAGAAGGAUCCCACUCUCACUUGGCAAUAUUUUGGCAGCUCAACCGGAUUCUUCAGACUCUAUCCAGGAAUUAAAUGGACACCUGAUUCUAACGGAGUAGUUUCUUUCGACUGCAGAAACAGAAAUUGGUAUAUCCAGGCUGCCACCUCUCCUAAGGACAUCGUGAUUGUAGUUGAUGUCAGCGGCAGCAUGAAGGGGCUAAAAAUGACCAUUGCCAAACAUACCAUCAACACUAUCCUGGACACGCUCGGGGAAAAUGACUUUGUCAAUGUUAUUGCAUACACUGAUUAUGUCCGCUACGUGGAGCCCUGUUUUAAGGGAACGUUGGUACAGGCAGACUUGGAUAACCGCGAGCAUUUCAAGCUGCUUGUUGAAGAACUCCAUGUGAAGGGAGAGGCUAAAGUAAAAAAAGCCAUGAAGGAGUCGUUCCGCAUCCUCGCUGACGCUAGAGCAAAUGGUCAGGGCAGCCUAUGUAACCAAGCAAUUAUGCUGAUCACAGACGGAGCCAUGGAAGAUUUCCAAUCAGUGUUCGAAGAGUUCAACUGGCCUGACAAGAAGGUACGAGUUUUCACUUACCUUAUUGGCAGAGAUAUGACCUUCUCAGAAAACGUCAAAUGGAUUGCCUGCAACAAUAAGGGUUAUUAUACUCACAUCUCUACACUGGCUGAUGUACAGGAGAACGUCAUGGAGUAUCUUCAUGUUCUGAGUCGACCGAUGGUCAUCAACCAUGACCAUGACAUAAUCUGGACCGAGGCGUAUAUGGACAGUGUGCUGUUCAAAAGCAAAGCUCACAGUCUUCUGCUCAUGACGUCAGUGGCCAUGCCAGUGUUCAGUAAGAAGAAAGAAACACUUUCUCAUGGCAUUCUGCUGGGAGUGGUGGGAACUGACAUUCCUCUGCUGGAGGUCAUGAAACUUGCCCCGCGAUAUAAGCUUGGAGCACAUGGUUAUGCCUUUCUCAUCACAAACAAUGGAUACAUUCUGGCACAUCCUGAUUUAAGACCACUGUACAGUGAUGGGAAGAAGUUGAAACCCAAGCCUAACUACAACAGUGUAGAUCUGUCAGAGGCUGAGUGGGAGGACACUGAGGACAAUUUAAGAACAGCCAUGGUGAAGGGCAAAACUGGCACUCUGACUUUAGAUGUGAGAGCAGCUGUGGAUAAAGGGAAAAGGCCUUUCUUCCUCAAAAAUGAUUAUUUCUACACAACCAUCAAUGAAACUCCAUUUAGUUUUGGGAUGGUGCUUACAAGAGGCCAUGGGCAGUACAUGUUCUUUGGGAAUGUUUCUGUGGAGGAGGGUCUUCAUGACCUUCAGCAGCCAGACCUCACUAUAGCAGAUGAAUGGACGUAUUGUGAGACAGAUAUUGACCCACACCACCGUAAGCUCACUCAGCUCCAGGCUGUGGUCCGAUACCUGACUGGGAAAGAGCCGGACUUGGAGUGUGACGAGAUACUUCUUCAGCAAGUUCUUUUUGAUGCAGUGGUAACAGCACCACUGGAGGCCUACUGGACAGCGCUAACGCUAACCGCCCCCGGUGUAGAUGAAGGCAUGGAGUCGGCUUUCCUGGGAACCCGAUCUGGGCUCAUGCGUGUGAUCAGAUAUGCAGGAAGUGAGAAACGUGUUGGAAAGAGGUUCUUGACCCCUGUGGACAAAGAAAACCUCUUCACAGUGGACCACUUUCCCAUUUGGUAUCGCCUGGCAGCUGAAAACAAACCUGGUCAAUUCUUCUUCUAUGUCCCGCAUGAUGAUAUAAACAAAGGUGCCCAAAAAGUCAUUGUUAAAUGGAUUUGUUGCAAUGUCACAGUUCAUCGGCUACAUUCAUCGGCUACAGUAAUCUAUGACCUCUGUCCAACAGGGAAGAACACUUUUGUGGCGGUAACAUCUGUGACGGUUACUGAAGGAAAAAGAACAGCUAUUGCUGGAGCUAUUGGAAUGCAAGCAUCCCUGGACUUGCUGGAGAGAGUGCUCCUGUCUAUUGCCAAACAACCAAACAACACAGAUUGCAGUGAUGUGGACGGUAUAUGUCCUCUCAGCUGUGAGAGCGUUGAUGUGAACUGUUACCUUGUUGACAAUAAUGGCUUCACACUGGUCUCAAAGGAAAAAGGGGAUGUUGGUAAAUUCUUUGGGGAAAUAGACGGAUCUGUCAUGGCCCAGUUACUAAAAUCUGGCCUGUUUAAAAGGGUGACUCUGUAUGACUACCAGGCCAUGUGUAAGAACGCCCAUCAUCACACUAGUGGAGCUCGACCACUGUUCAGCCCUUUCUAUGGUGUGCUGGCAUUAGUAAAGUGGUUCUUCUCACAUUUUGUGAUGUUUCUGUUGGAGUUCAACAUCUGUGGUCUUUGGCAUAGUGACUAUGUUGUGGAUGCUAAAGCUGGGUUUCACGCAUCACACAGACAGAAGAAGGUGGAACUAAUGCAGCCUUGUAACACAGAGUAUCCCGGCUUCAUGUACGACACUUCCAUCAGAGAGACCAACAGCAUCAUCAAAUGUGGCCGUUGUCAGAAGAUGUUUGUCCUACAGCAGGUUCCUAACAGUAACCUGGUCAUGCUGGUGGUCCAGGCCGACUGCGACUGCUCCCGACAGUACGCUCCCAUUACACUCGCGCCCAGAGAAGUCAAAUAUAACGCCACAGUUAAGUGCAACAGGAUGAAAUCUCAGAAGAUUCGCAGACGACCAGAGUCUUGUCACGCAUACCAUCCUCAUGAAAAUGCCAAGGAUUGUGGUGGAGCAUGUGGGAUAGCAGUAUCUCUCACUCUCUACUUCAUCUGUUUGGCCACUUCAUUGGCUCUCCACUGAAUAACAAAAUAUCCUUCUGCCAUGACUGCUGUCUCAUAGUGGACCCUAGGACCACAAAACAGGACACUUGUGAUGGUCAACUAUGGAUCUCUAGCAUCAGGAAUUCAACAACAAAAAAAGGUUUACACUACGUAGUAUUUGUUAUUAUGAUUUAAAGGGAUAGGUCACCCAAUAAAAGUGGAAUGACAUGAGGGUGAGUAAAUGAUGACAGAAUUCGUUUUUUUUAUGAACUGUCCAUUUAAUUUGCAUCAUACACUGUAGUUCUGCCCCCUUUUGGACUCAAUAUGACACUGCACAGAUUAUAUUUUUCUCAGUGGGAGCUACAGCCAGAGAUAUAAUCUUAGAUUGUCUCGUGUGACUUGAUGUUAUACAUCAGAUCUGCUAUUCUCUUAAUUUUUUAUAAUAUGUUUAGGAUUACGAUGAAUGUUUCUAAGCAAAUAUAGAGCAGUGGCAACUAAACUGCUCUUUAUUUUCAUGAUGGUUACUAAAUGUUUUUCAUUGAGCCACAUUUUCAGAAACGCUGUAAUGAAAAGCAUUUCAUAUGUUGUGUGAGAAGGAUAGUUUAAUAAUUUUUUUAAACUUAUAUAUGUGUGUAUUUUAGUAUCUGUAAGCUUAUUGAUCCGAGAC